GCAUUUAAAAAUACUUAACCCCUAGAUUAAUUGAAGUAUAGAAGAUUCCACUAUACUUUUAGCUGACAAUACUUUCUUUCAAUAUAACAUUAUACCAAAAGUUAUUUACGUAAACCCACACUGCUAUACUAGUUCAAAAUACUGAACUGUAAAUAGGUGUUGUAUUGAAGGCAGUAUUGUCAGUUCAAACAGUUCAGUGUGUAUGAGAACUUUUUCUAUCAUAAAGUUAAAUUUUUUACUUGGUGUAUCAUUCAUAAUAUUCUCGUCAAUGACAUACAUUAUCGAAAACAAAACCAGAGAAGAACUUCAAUCGGUCAGUCAAAUUUUGAGUAUCAGUUUGUAAUACUUUCCUACAAAUCAUUUGGAAUACUCGAGGAAGAAAGAUGGACCUUCAUAUUUGAAUUUUAUAACUGUGUUUUGAAUUUGUGCCGCCAUGUUUGAGUUGACACAUUAUCUAACCAAUUUUACCAGUAUUUUCAAUUAAGUGAAUAUAUUUUCACCCACAUUUGAAAAUAAAUAAUCUAUACCUGAAGUUUGAUAAUAGCUGUACGUUUUCUCAAGAGAUUUAUCUCUGUAUACGUACACGUGUUAAAUGGAAAGAAAAGACGAAGGCAAAGAGAAGCAAUGUCGAUCUAAAAAGUCUGCAACUAAAAGAACAAUGAACGAAAAAAAUAGAAGGAAUACCCAACGCGUUACACCACAUACGGAGCGGAACGCUUCUGGCCGUAAUUGGGAAUUGUUUAAAAACAUAGUAUCCAACUCAUCUCCCGUAGAAGUAGAUACUCCCGGCAAAGAAAAUGUUAAGAAAAAGUCGGUUCCUUAUCACCAAAGGUCUAAGAAGAAACAUACACUUAUUCUGAGUCCGGACACUAAGCCACAAUUCAACGAAGAAGAAGAAGAUUAUGAUAAUCAUAAGAAGAAACUGACAAAGCAUAUAGCUAUGGAUUGUGAGAUGGUAGGCAUAGGUGACGGCACUGAAAGUAUGAUAGCUAGGGUGUCUAUUGUGAAUUCCCACAGCUACUGCAUUUAUGACAAAUAUGUUAAACCAAGGGAGCCUGUUCAAGAUUACAGAACUAAAGUGAGUGGUAUCCGGCCCCAUGAUCUUCAAAAUGGAGAAGACUUUCAAGUUGUUCAAAAAGAAGUAGCAGAGAUUUUAAGAGGACGUAUUUUAGUUGGACAUGCUUUGAAGCAUGAUUUGGAUGUUCUAUAUCUAUCACAUCCAAGGAAACAUUUGAGGGACACUUCCAGGUUUAAAACCUUCCGACAAUUAUCAAGAGGAAAUACACCUAGCUUAAAAAAACUUGCUUACGAACUGUUAGGUAGAGAAAUACAAACAGGAGAACAUAGCUCAGUUGAAGAUGCGAAAGCUGCGAUGCAGCUGUAUGUACUGUAUAAAAAUAAGUGGGAGUCCGAAUUUUAUUCUAAACGAUAAUUUUUCAUAGGAUGAAAGUUCAUCCCUUCCAUUGAAAAAUCUCAGAGAAUUGCGAAUACACAAGGAACUUUCAUGCGUUUAAUAAGUACUAAUUUUGAUCACUGUAUUUUUAUUCAGUACAAAUCAUGAAAUACACAUAUAUAUAUACGUUUAUAUUAUAUAACAUGAAAUCAGAUUAAUUUGACACUAGUUUCUAAGAUUAUAUUUAUACCAAGGACCAAUUCUCAAUAACUUGUAUCUUUGCAGAAUAAUCUGAAACACAAGACUACAAAUCUUAGAUCGGCUUGUCCAUAUCUAAAUGUGUAAAUAGGAAAUGUUGUUGUCAGAGUAUAAUGAAUUCUGUUAAAAAAUUAAAAAAUAUAUUUCUUUUUCAUACAGA